AUGUAUUUGGCUGUAGUUGGUUCGGAUCGUUACUUAUCGUCCAGUGCUCUUCGCCUGUUGAUCCAUCGUCUGGUCGAAUUACUUAACAGCCCAUUAAAUCACAAAGCUUUGGUGUUACUAAAUCAUCUUCGAAAUUCGACGCGUGAGGAUAUCCGGAAUCCAGUGAAAACAGUACUGGGUUAUUUGAAUUCCUCAUCGAAUGCAUCAGGAGCCGUAUACACUCCUGCAUAUUCUCAGACACAUGGUGUACCAUCGAUUGGAUAUCGCUUAGAUGGUUGGUUGCAAAUGUAA